GAAAAUCGCGUAAACGCAAAUCGAUUGAUGGACAACGACCAAAAUAAUCAACAUUACCAGGCUGUGGAAUUAGUAGAAAGCACAAACGAGAAAAUGCCACAAGAAGUGUUGGAUGAAAUUAGAGGAGUGUGUGCACAACUAAAGGAGGAAAACCGACAACUAAAUGAAUUAGUUGCAACCUUACGAUGUGACGUUUCGCAACGCGACCGGCAGAUCAGAGAGUUGAGAGAGAAAUUAGAGGACUAUGCCGUGACAAAUGACAACCUUCGGGAGCAGAAUAUUGAAGUUCAGGAUUUCGCUGAAAGGUUGUUGGCAAUCAACAGAGAACUUAACGAUAUACAAAGAACCACAAACCAUCAAGUACCAGACCUUGAUCAAACGAACGAACAACUCAGUGAUGAUCAAUCCCCUUCCGCCAGCUUUAUUAGAGUCAAGGAGAGAGAGAAACAACUUCUAAGAAAGACCGGGACGGUAUCGAGGCAAGUUUCAGCUGUGGUAAACGAGCUGGUGCAAGCGAAUGCCGACACUGAAUCCAUGCGCAACGAAUUCCAACGAAAACUGGCAUAUUACCAAAAUAAAUGCAAAGCAAUUAACUUGGAGCUGCAAAAAUCUGCGGAACAGAUCUCGUCAUUGCAACGGACGAUCGAGAGUUUGCGCUCAGAUAUUGCGGAAAAGGAUGCAAUGAUCGCCCUGAUGCAGGAUUCAAAUACGAGCCGGAGUUCUCAGGAUGCCAAUAGUGGGCCGGGUUCAUCCAGAAACUGUGCUCACGAUAGGACCAACAGAGUUUAUCGCGACUUCACUCUUCCAAGAUUUCGGUCGAACGCUCCCAAUGAUCGACACAGACAACUGCCAAUGAUCGUGGCAGACGGUGGAGGUGACGUCAGUCAAGAGGAUAAUCAAUCGGUGUCAUCGUCAGACCUUAUUGAGUGCCUCUACUGCCCGAAAAGCUAUCCAAUCAAUUUGAUUGAAAAGCAUUUACAGGAAUGUAGAGCCUCCAUGAAUGGUUGAUUAAAAACAAUACUGCAUGGAUCAGUUGGACUACGACAUUUUUACUUUUUGAAACGCCACUGGCUGACGUAAAACGCACAACGUUAAAAUGUACUUCGUAAUCGAAGAUUUCCUGCCCACGAGUGGGCUAUAUUAAUACGAGGUACACCUGAAUAAAUCAUGUUUAGGGAAGGAUUAGCCCACCAUGUCGUUUUCAAAAGGUGAUUGGGCGCAGUCUAACUAAUUUCAAUUAGAAUUUAAAAAAUACUGUUUGGAAAGAAAGAUAACUUCAAACUAUGAUAGUAGAAUUUAGAAUGAUAAUUUAGAAUUUAGGAAUAAAAAUGAA